GGGCGCUGCUGCGGCGGGGGCAGGCGGCGGCGGCGGCAGGGGCGGCGGCGGCGGUCCGCACCAGCCAUGCCGAAUAAAAACAAGAAGGAGAAAGAACCACCAAAACCGGGGAAAAGUGGGAAAAGUUCAAAAGAAGGACAAGACACGGUAGACACAGAGCAGAUUCCCAGCAGGAAAAAUAGCAUUGCGUCUGUCCAGUCCUCAACAUCUACUAAAAUGAAAGUACCAGCCCCUCAGCCAGUCAUGAAGAAAGACAAACGGCAAAAUUCUUCUCGGUUUAAUGCCAGCAAUAAUAGAGAACUGCAAAAACUACCAUCUUUAAAAGAUGUUCCUCCUGCAGAUCAAGAGAAGCUUUUUAUCCAGAAGUUACGUCAGUGUUGUGUCCUCUUUGACUUUGUUUCUGACCCACUGAGUGACCUAAAGUGGAAGGAAGUAAAACGAGCUGCUUUAAGUGAAAUGGUAGAAUAUAUCACCCAUAAUCGGAAUGUGAUCACAGAGCCCAUUUACCCGGAAGUAGUCCAUAUGUUUGCAGUUAACAUGUUUCGGACCUUGCCACCUUCCUCCAAUCCUACGGGAGCAGAAUUCGACCCAGAGGAGGAUGAGCCAACGUUAGAAGCAGCCUGGCCUCAUCUUCAGCUUGUUUAUGAAUUUUUCUUAAGAUUUUUAGAGUCUCCAGAUUUCCAGCCUAAUAUCGCAAAGAAAUAUAUUGACCAGAAGUUUGUACUGCAGCUUUUAGAGCUCUUUGACAGCGAGGAUCCUCGGGAGAGAGAUUUUCUAAAAACAACCCUUCACAGAAUCUAUGGAAAGUUCUUAGGCCUGAGAGCUUACAUCCGAAAACAGAUAAAUAAUAUAUUUUAUAGGUUUAUUUAUGAAACAGAGCAUCAUAAUGGCAUAGCAGAAUUACUGGAAAUAUUGGGAAGUAUAAUUAAUGGAUUUGCCUUACCACUCAAAGAAGAGCACAAGAUUUUCUUAUUGAAGGUGUUACUACCUUUGCACAAAGUGAAAUCCCUGAGUGUCUACCAUCCCCAGCUGGCGUACUGUGUUGUGCAGUUUUUAGAAAAGGACAGCACCCUCACCGAGCCAGUGGUAAUGGCACUUCUCAAAUACUGGCCAAAGACUCACAGUCCAAAAGAAGUAAUGUUCUUAAAUGAACUAGAGGAGAUUCUAGAUGUAAUUGAACCGUCGGAAUUUGUGAAGAUCAUGGAGCCCCUUUUCCGGCAGUUAGCCAAAUGUGUCUCCAGCCCGCACUUCCAGGUGGCAGAGCGAGCACUGUACUACUGGAACAACGAGUACAUCAUGAGUCUGAUCAGUGACAAUGCAGCAAAGAUCCUGCCCAUCAUGUUUCCAUCCUUGUACCGCAACUCAAAGACCCAUUGGAACAAGACCAUACAUGGCCUGAUAUACAAUGCCCUGAAACUCUUCAUGGAAAUGAACCAGAAGCUCUUUGACGACUGUACUCAACAGUUCAAAGCAGAGAAACUAAAAGAGAAGCUAAAGAUGAAAGAGCGAGAAGAAGCAUGGGUUAAAAUAGAAAAUCUAGCCAAAGCGAAUCCCCAGUACGCAGUGUAUAGUCAAGCCAGCACCAUGAGCAUUCCGGUUGCAAUGGACACAGAUGGGCCUCAGUAUGAAGAUGUGCAGGUGCUGAGAAAGACAGGGAGCGACGAGGCUCAUCAGGCCCAGAAAGAUCUGAAGAAGGACCGUCCUCUUGCGCGCCGCAAGUCCGAGCUGCCCCAGGACCCUCUCACCAAGAAAGCCUUGGAAGCUCACUGCAGGGCCGACGAGCUGCUCUCCCAGGACGGGCGCUAGGCUGGCGCAGCGUCGGCCCGGCCUGCCCGUCUCUUCUGGAUUCUGUAGAAAAUACAUACUGUGUGUGCCACACCCGUCAGCUCCACUCAGAGCUUCCUUCCACCCCGUUCUGUAGGCGACCACGCGCACCUGCCUCAGCUCGAGAUGAGGAGUUCAAACAAUGGUGGUUCUCAGACCCCACGGGCCAGGCUGGGGUGGGGGGGAGGGCGGGUGACAGUGUCCCCACGAGGUCCUACCCUCCCCAGCAUCACCCUCAGUAAGACUGUCACCAAACCAGAGCUGUAGGAAAGCACCCUGGCCCUCAUGCCCCUGCUCCACACACACAGCAUUCGUGACCCUUCCAGAUAGGUGGCUCUGCGGUAGUUCCAAUGUUCUGCAGAUCAGAGGAACACUUGGAAAAGUACCGCCUACCUUUACGACUGCACAGCCUUUCAGAUGCUCCCACAGGUGGCUAGGCCCGCGUUUUUGUCUGUGUGAUCUCGCGGGUUGGCUCUCCGCUUUCAUGUUCUCGAGCCUCCCGGAAAGUGUCGUGACAAUCCUGGCGCUGGCCAUGCCUGCCGAGGUGUCCUUCACCCUGCUUCCCCCACGCACGCCAGGCCCUGCUGCUCUCGUCUACCGAAAGCCAUAUUUCCCAGUCUGUGCCAGCACCAGGGUUCCGAGGGAAGCUCGCGCCAGGCAGUCCUUCCAAAAGCUUUCUCUGUCACCUUGACUGGAUUGGAAUUUUUCAAUUAUGUGCUCAUAUUUUUAUUUACAGAAUCAGUUUUUUUUUUCAUCUACUUACACAUUGGGUACCCUUCCACAAGACUCUUGAAGUGAUACAGUUACAGUGUCUAAGAACCUCAUACUUCCAGGGGGAAGUUGGAAGGAGUCUGGCGCUUGGCCUAUGGCAAGCUGCGGCCUCCGCCUUUGGGAUAACUGUGGGCCGGCCAGGCCCCGCCCCACCCCCAGCUCACCGGCUCCUUUGGGGGGGAAGGGGAGGGAGAAGCAGUGGGGGGUGUCGGGGAGUGGCCUGCGCUCUGUGAGGAAGGGGCACACGCACCAGCUGCGGAAGGAAAAUGCGGUGUCUUGAGUUUUCACUGUCUUCAUAAUGCUGCUAUAUAUUUCCCAGAAUUCUUGCAUGGAUUAAGCUUUUGUUUUAGAUGGGAUAGCACGAGGAGAAUUCCUUUAAACUUAGUGCUUUUGUCUAUUCUUUAUUUCUCUCAGGGUGGCCAGUAUUUUGACUUACUUAUCCUGCUUGAAAGCUACUUGAGAUGUGCACUGCUGUUCUGAACAGUGACUUAGUUUCUUUCGUCUCUGGCAUAUACAUAUAUAAAUACAUAUAUAUAAAACUUAAUGUUAAAUGUCUUGAUGCAUAAGAGAUAAAAUGUGGCUUCUUUUAGGAUCUGUUUUUAAUCGUGGUCUCGGGUAUCCAUAAAAAGAUGGUGAAAUCCAACAUUGCCCCUUGGGCGGCCUCAGUGCCUGCUGCCCGGCUUUCCUUGCGGUCCACUGAAGAUGCUUCUUUGCUGAGUCUGGGAGGAGCGCGCCCUGCGGGGAGGGGAGAGGCCGCCUGUGCUGAGGGUCAGCACCGGCUGGGCCUGGCGGGGCGGCUGACAGGGGGCCGGGCCUGGUCAGAACACUUCCUGAGAAACUUGACAAGUAUCUAUCCAUUUUACCAUUAUGAAAUCUAUAAUUUAAAAACAAGUUGAGAUGCCUUCUCCUUUUGAGGGAAAAAGGGUGCUUUUUAUUGUAUAAAGCAGCGUCUUAUGUAUUUUGAUAUACCAUUGUUUGAACUUCCGUCUUUAGCUGAUAGAUUCUCAGAGGCCCCUGACCGGGGUGCUGAGGAGGUGGGGCUCCCCUCGGCCCUAGGGGAGAAUGGAGAUAUCAGUGUCGGGUGAUUGUGUAAAGCUCAACGUAUAAAAACAUCUUCUGGUCUAGGUUUUAUUUCUGCUCUUUAUUGAAGACAAACAUUCACCAAUAAGGGGAAGAAAAGCAGUUUUGAGAGAAACUAAUUUUCUUGGACAAGAGUAUUGCUUAAUAUUUUGGCCUAUUAAAGUUACCUAAUUAGUACUCGGAUUCCCUGUGCGAAUGGUUCAGCUUAUAUAUAUAUAUAUCAUACUGAGAUACUGUUCACUCUGUACCAAACAGAUUUCAGAAGUACUGCGUUGAAAAUAAACUGGUGACUGUUUUUCUUCAUAAAGUUCUGCAUUUGGCAUCGUCACUCUUCCCAGAAAUGUAUCUGUGCAUCAAAUGUCACAGUUCCCAGUGUCUUCUUAGUGUGGCUUUAGGAUGGCUUCCUUUUAAUAUUGUACAUACAUUGUAUCUUUGUUUUAUGGUAAUAAGUAAUAAAAAUGUAGACUUCAUAUUUUGUACAAAAAUGUCCUAUGUACAGAAUAAAAAAAGUUCAUAGAAACAGCAAAAAUAGGUAAGUGGCACAAUUAUUUUUUUUCUUUAGGAAAUACCUGUAACUUUAUGCUUUCGUGAAAUGUUAAGUACCUACAUAUUUUUUAACAUUUUGUAAUUCAGAACUUUUUGUUUUGACAUUGUUUAUGAAGAGGAACUUCAUACACCUGCCACUUAAUAUGCUCUUUUACCUAAUUUUAAAGAACUCUUAAAACGGUGUAUUAUAUGAACUAAAUAAAGAACAUGUGAAUUUUA